AAAGACGAGCCUCAUUAUUUUUUGCAAUGUCAGCAGCCAUAAUCUCAAGAGGAAUAAGAAACUCGUCAUGAUCGUCUUUUGGACGUUUCCUUGAAAUUUCAGCUGUGAUAUUUUUGGUACAGCCUUAUGGAGAUGAAUACAAUUCUUAAUGAACGAAAAAAUAUAAAUAUUUCGUCAAGAUUCCCUAUUGCCUAUCCCCAACUCACUCAACAUCAUCUCACACACAAUUCAAUACUUUCAAUCAGACCAUAUCCAAACCUUCUUCACAUCUCUAUCACCAUGAAGUUCUCCGGUCUCAUCGGCACUCUCAUGACUGCCUUUUUGCUCCCUGCAACCCAAGCAACCUGGUGCCAGCUCUACUACGAUGACAAAUGUGAGAAGGAUGCCAACAACAUCAGCUUCAACUGUGCCGACAACGGCAUCAUUGGAAGCGGCGGAGGGUUCAUCAAGUGUCAUUCCACUUCCCACAACUCUAAGCCGUGUUUGGCCCAUCGAUACAAUGACGCCAGCCAAUCAGCUGGUAUAGAGAAACAAAUCAAUGCGGAUCAGUCCUGCAUCAACAUGGACGGCGCUGGACCAUACUACAAGCUAUACCUGUUGGAUUAAGAUCUGACGUAGUAUAGCGUCUUCGACCUGUAUGCCGAAACUCGCUGGGGGUUAUUGUUGUUAGAAUUGCUCGGAGGUCACAAGGACCCUUUGAGGGGACCCUGAUGGGUCUCCGAAGAACGCUCAUUUAGUAUUAUAUUCCAGGUGAAUUGGAUCAUCAUUUUAUUAGACAGUCGUUAGCUUAGAAUUGGUCAAUUUAUGUCUGCAU